UUCUGGUUUAAAGACAUUGUCAAUGUGAUUAUUAUUUUGGGUGUAAAAUGAUGAAGGUUGUUGUUUGUUCAAUUACCAUAGGUUUUUCGUUUGUUUGCACAGAAAUGAUAACUUAUCACCUGUCUAGAAAUCCGCAGUAUGAUGAAAAACAAACUCAUCCGACAAACAUUUUGACAAUAUCAAAAUUCAGGAGUUUAUUGCAUUGUGCAACAUUUUGUAGAAGUAAAGAUAAUUGCAGAUCUCUACUGUACAAUGCAGAUAAUUUGUUUUGUGAACUGCUUUCGGUACAUUUAGCUUCUGAAAAUAUUUUGGGUGAGCAAGGCUCGAGGGGAUGGAAAUAUUACGAACUGAAUAACGAUUCUUCUUUAUGGCACAGUUUUCAGGGUCAUAUGUACAUGCUGGAUGACAGAAAGCGAGAUUUCACAUUUUCGAAGGAAUUCUGCGAAUCUUUGUCGACAGGAUCAUACAUUACCGAAGUAGACUCACAAGCUGAAAAUGACUGGCUUGCUGAAUUUGCUGCAUCCUAUCAGAGUGUGGUUACGGAGUUCUGGUUAAAUGGGCAUGACAUGGAUAAUUCGGGUAGAAUCACGUGGCUGAACGAUGGAGGAACAGCAAACUACACCAACUGGGGGAUCGAUCAACCAUCAGCAGCAGGAGAACUGUGUAUAGCAAUGUCAACAGCGGCGUCAGGAACCUGGAAUGAUGUACUUUGUACUACGUCGAGACCAGUCAUCUGUGAACGAAAUGCUUAGUACUACAUGUACUCAAGUUUUACAUCUGACUUAUAUAUCGCUGGGAGAACGCUGUUGUGUAAUACUUUAAUAUCUUGCAUUGUUAGUCAAUAUGCGGGUAUGUAUCCCAGCUAAUUUGGUUCUGUUAUUUUGAGGACUUGCAUUUUGUCGUCAUUCUAAAUAAAUGACAAGCUUUUACA